AUGAGUGGGCUUAUUCUGAUGCUUAUAAUGCUUUUGGCGUUUACCGACACUGCAAUAGCCAACAAUGAAUUUUGGAUGGUCCCUGGGAACAGACCAUUUCGAGAGAAACGCUCAUGGGGUAGCGGUGGCUGGGGCGGCGGCGGCGGUGGUGGUGGAUGGGGAAAAAGACGAGGUGGAAGGGGAAAAGGACGAGGUGGAUGGGGAGGUGGCGGCUGUGGAGGUGGCGGCUGUGGAGGUGGCAGCUGGAAAGGAAAAGGUGGUUGGUGA